AUGCAUUUUCUCUCCUCAUUGUUGGAAGCUGCGUCACAUCGGCUGGUCUUAACCACUAUCAUCGGCUCCUUGACUCCACGGAUGUUUCUUCCGUUGUCUAUCCUCGGUGGAACUGUUGGAGUUUGCUUUGGUGGCUUGCCCACCACCAUUUUCUGUUGGUUACUGGUUUCUCCUUGGUGGUUGCCGGCUUGCUAUGGUGGCGCAACUGGUGACUGUAGGAUUGUGCGGCAUAUGUCUGUUAAUGGUGUUAGGGUUUCCUAA